AAGCACGUAGUUUACUUAAAUGAUAUCCUGUACAGCUGCAGAGAUAAAGUGCAUAGACGUUUGUAUGCAGCCCUUUCUCUGCAGCGGACCAUACGUAUUUUAAACCUACACCUAUAAGAUAUUUAUUGUAUAUAAGUUAUCUAAGUUUUUCACUCAAUUAGUUUUUAAUUUUUCAUGUUGGUAAGGAAGACGGACCCUAAACCCCGUACCCCGUAACCCAGUGUACGGUCGCAAUGCCGCAGUCGGGGGCGCGGGGCAGUCUGCGGACGGCAUGCCCACCGCUCAGACAUGGCGGCCGCCACGCUCGCGUUCGCGUUGUUGCUGCUCGCUGCGUUUGCCGCAUGCGUAGAAGAGGACUGCAUAGACUGGGAAGGCAAGUCCAUCCCGCAUGGGCUGCUCUACGUGCCGGGGCCCGGUGUGUGCUCGUUAUGUGUGUGUUACCACUCGGAGCCGAUGUGGUGCAAAGCCAUCUACUGCGAUCCACCAUAUUUCUGCAAGAACUUCCGCGUAGGCGAGCGGUGCUGCGAAUUCGAAUGCCUGGAUCCGCCUGGAGAGGACACGCGCUACCGCGAGCGGCAGCGGCUGCGGGCGCUCAUACUCGCCGGCAAUUCUUCCGCGCACCACAUUCUGCCAUCAAAGGAACUUAAAUACGGCAUGUCGCUACUCGCCGUGGCUGUCGCUAGGCUUGUCUGAGCUAAAACUAGCCAGUAAUGGGCCAAAGGUCACCAGAAAUCGCAUGCGAUUUGUGAUACAAUUAUCUUAAAUCGCAUGCGUUAGUCGCAAGGCCUGUAGAAGUCUUAAUGGAAGAAAUUGUGAGUGAAAUCAUAGACAUCUGAUGGAAUUAAACCAUAAAGGAGUUGUAAAUAUGGAUAGUGUGUGGAAGUCUAGUGAAGUUUUGUAAUAGUGAUGUAGGAAAGUGAAACGCAUCAACAGUGUUAAAGAUUUGGUGAAAUUUCAAAAUAUAAGGAAGUGUUUUGGGUAGUGAAAGAUUUUAUGUAACGCGGGACCUAGUCUGGUAGAAGGUAACAGAAUAAUUAUAAGACGGUUUUUAUAAAUUUGCAUGGAUGGUGAACAACAACAUAGGUUGAUAAGCAACACCAGUACCUAUUGAAAUGGUAGAUAGCAUAAUGUUAAGGUAAUGUCAGAAAUUUUGUUAAGAGGGGUAAAAGGUACAGUCAUUCGGACUUUAGUACGUCAUUUUGUAACGAUUACAGAUGUGUAAAUUGCGGAAUUUUGCUGAAACGUUGACAAACAAUUCGGAAUUAUCAGGCAAACUCCCUAGAAAAUAAAGAAAAACGUUUAUUUUGGAGGUACAAAAUUUCUGACAUUAUUCCAUGUGGAAAUUUUGCAAUUUUGGAAGUUUUCCGACAGUACAUCUGUAGUAAGGAUAGUCAAGAGAGAUUUGAUUGUUUCGUUCUACAGUUGUGAGACUGUUAUAGGCCUUAUGUUCGAGGUUAAAACCUUAGGCCUUUCACAGUCCGUCAAAAGAGGUAUAGUGUAAAAAUGAGGAUAUGUCUGAAUAUUACACAAGAGUCUACUCAAAGUAGGCUCAAAAUACUUGAAAUAUAUUUUAUAGUAAGAACCUUGGCACACUGGCAUAUUAUGCCUUGGCAUUUCGUUGACAUCAUAGGGACCGUGCGCGUUGGAGGGUCUGCCAUCUUGUGGCCUGAAUCGGAACCACAAACAUGUACAUUUACACGUCACGUGUUUUCUUGUGCAUAGUAGGUUCUGCCAUCUUGCGGGCUAGAUCGCAACAAUAAACAUCACAUU